CAAUAUGCAAUUUAAAACGAUAUUUUGCUAUUUUAUGAUUGUUUAGAUAUGUACAUGUAAUAUGCAUCAUGCACGUUUGAAUUUUGGAUAACAUAUGGAUUUUACAUUGGCUUUAAAUCGUUUUAAGCCGGAUAUAUUUUCAGAUUUAAGGAGAAUGUUGCUUUUUUGCUCUUUAGCAUAUAAAGUAAGAGAAAAUAAAAUAUUUAUCGUUGUAUUGCUGUAUAAUUUUAGAAAUGACAGCUGUCACAGAUGGUUGAUAUUUAUAACAGCAAGUCUAUCAAUGAUGCUGGAUAUAGGGUUCAUGUUUUCAUUCGGCACUUUGUACGUUAACAUCAUGACAACAUUCCAUGUUGGUAGGUCGGAGGCCGCAAUGGUGCAAUCUAUUCUUAUGGCUGUGAGAUUUGGAACCGGAAUGAUCAGUGGUGCGGUGGUCCAGCGAUUUGGUACGCUACCAGCUGGGGUUUUUGGCUCAUGUCUAGCCACUUCUGGUCUUGUAUUAUCAUAUUUCGCCUCUUCCAUUUUAAUUCUGGAUAUCAGCAUUGGAAUAAUUUUAGCAUUUGGGUCAUCUUGUCUAUAUAUAGCAUCCUCAAUAUCAAUCGGAAAACACUUUUCUGGAGAGAAGCGUCAUAUUUUGAUGUCUAUACAGAGUGCAGCUGGAGGACUCGGAGGAAUGAUUUUCCCAUUUGUUCUUAAAUACCUUAGUGAUCAUUUUGGUUUGAAAGGAACAUUGUUGAUUGUCGGUGGCAUUUAUUUGCAAAUUUUACCAGCAUCUCUCCUGUGGAGAGACGAUGAGUUCAAAAGUCGCAAAGCUGUACACUUAACGGAACAGAACACAAACGACACAGAGGUCAAAGAGAAAGUUGACGCCAAUGCAAAUAGAGCUCUGUGGAGUUGCAGCGAUGCUAGUCAAAAUGAAAGGGGAUAUGGAGGGGUAACAAACUGUACCGAAGACGACAAAGUAGUAAAUGUGAGGAACGGGGGAUGCCCUAAAAUAAAGCAUGUGAAUAUAAUAAACAGACACGCAGCAGAACAUGCCGACUUUAAGCAAAGUUAUGUAAAACGAAAUGAUGAAGACACAAUGGUUACCUGUACAAUUCAAAACACAAGGAGAGAAUCCAUAGGGGAAUCCUUGAAACAUUUGGCAUGUAAUCCAAGUUUUGUAUUGUUUGCUAUUGGUUUAGCGGUCGCCUAUCCAGCACUAGGAAUUUUGUUCAUCUUCAUUGUCGAUUUAUUUCUGGACGCCGGUUUAAGUGAAGAUAAUGCUACAUUUGGACUACUUCUAGUUCAUAUGUUUAGCAUAUUUGGUCGUCUGCUACCUGGUCUUGUGUUGCAGUCAAAGCGCGUUCCAGCUUUGUCAGUUCCAAUUUGUGCUUCCAUUGUAACGUCUGCUGCAAUGGCAGGGCUUGUUGCAGUGACAGAUUUAAAACAACUUUUACUCCUUCUUGGGCUUAUUGGAAUACCUUAUGGCGUUUUUGUGUCAGUCUUCAGUGUGACGACACUGAAGAUAGUUGGCAUAGACAGAUUAUCUAAUGCAAUUGGAGUCCACUUCACACUAAAUGGUAUCGGAAGUGCUGUGGCUGGUCCAAUCAGUGGAUCAUUGCGUGAUUAUACCGGAUCGUACACUUACCCCUUUUGGGUCGCAUCAGGAGUUAUUCUCGUAGGUGCAAUGAUGUUUACGUGUGCUUUGCAAAUACGAAGAAAAAGAAAUCGAGACAUAUCGGAAGAGACACCUUUACUGCAGAACUAGAUAUUCUACACAUAUUUCGAAAUGUUGAUAAUAUAAAUAUUUGACUGUUGUCUAGUCAUGAGCUUGUUUUUGUUUAAAUACCAUUGAUUUUAAAUAUAGUAUGUAAAUAUAUUUUUGUAAAAUAUUAUAAUGUUUAUAUAUAUUUGAAAUAAAAAGUGAAAAUCAAA